CUUCACACCACAACACUGACAGACACAUGUCGCAAACACUGAAGUGAAGUACAGAAACAGAACGCGCGCACGAACGCACGCACGCCAGUGAGCCGCAUCUCCGCCAAUCGCCAUGCUCGCCUACCUCCUCCACGGCCCCGCCGCCGCCGUCCCGAGCCCGCUCUCCCUCCGCGCGCCGCCGGCGAAGACGCCCUUCCUGCCCCCCGCCGUCCGCCCGGCCCCCCCGCCGAGGCGCGCGACCGCCGCGGCCGCCUUCUCCGCGGCCGCCGUGGGCCCCAUCGCGGCGUCGCUGCUCGAGGGCCCCGUGCUGCUCUGGGCCGGAAGGCUCUGCGUCUACUACGCGCUCAUCCACGUCGGCCUCGCCGGAUCCCCGCGCAACCCCUUCCUCUCCCACGAGAUUCGAGGCGAGGACGGCGCCGGGGACAGCGACCUAGGGUUCUCCAAGUGGGCCGACAAGCUCCGCGGCGGCGCCCCAGGUAAGAAAGAAGGCGAUAAGGGGAAGCUAGUUAGCAAAUGGAAACCAACGACCAAAGGCACACUUAAGAGGAUGUACCGAGUUCCUUCGAAUGAAGAAGGUCGCCGGCUUCUCAAAGAAAUUGCUUUGGUUCUAUCUGAAGAUGACCAUUUUGUGGAUGCUUCCACUCAUAAGGGUUGUCAAAUAAGGAGGGAAAGUGCACAUGGAGAGAGUGUAUGCUGCUACAAUGUAAGAGCUUUGUUUGAUGAGCUCCCUGGUCCUCACCUAGUUCUGGAGAUAACACCUUUCCCUGUUGGAGCCCUAACUGAUAAUGACUACCGCAAGGCUGAGAGGCUAGAAAUGGUUCUGAGGUUGAGUGCUUCCCUUUAAACCCACAUCCAUUUUUCACUUUACAUCAUAACUUUUUUUUGGCCCAUCUUGUAAAUUGUCUACCAUUGGGUCUGUAAAUUGAUGUGGUGUCGCUAAGAACCUCGUGUUAAACCCAAUUUCUGCUUAGUAUUUUGAGAAAUUUGAGCGCCUGAA